AUAGAUUUCGGGUUUCUGAAAAGGCCCCCAAAUCGACAGCAGAUCUACAAUUUACAAGUACAUAGCUCCUUCCCACACCUCUCUCUCUCUCUCUCUAUUCUUGCUCCUUCGGUUAGUCCAAAUCGUCAACUUUCCUUCUCUUUCCCAUCCCUCUCAAAAACCCCUUUUGCCAUCUCUAUCUCAUUCUCUUGCCUUUUCUCUCCACAGUUGGGUUUCGAUUUUAGUUGAGAGAGAAAUCUCUCUCUGCCCGAAUCCCAUUCCAUAAAAAAAAUAAAAAAAAAAAUGGGAAAAGGGUCUCUGAUAAUCUACAUAACGAUAGCUCUGGUGGUGCUCCUCCUUGUCUCUCGCUCCCCGAGGAAAUCCGCCACCCAGCACCGCCACCGCCGCCUCAAGCUCCGCUCCAACUUCAUCAUCAGCGACCACCACAACCGCAACCACGCCCCCGUCGCCUUCGACCCCCUCGUCGCCGACAUCGAGCGCCGCCGCGAGGACCGGCAGUGGGAGAAGGAGUACAUCGAGCACGUCCACCCGGAGCUCUCGACCGCGGCCCCGGGCGACGAGGGGCAGCCGGAGUGGGAGGAGUACAUGGACGCCGAGGACUACCUCAACGACGAGGAGAGGUUCAAUGUCACCGGCAGGUUGGUGGAGCUUUUCCCAAAAGUGGAUGUGGGCCCCGCCGAUGGGUUCGUGAGUGAGGAGGAGUUGACGGAGUGGAACUUGAGGCAGGCUCAUACGGAGGUGCUCCACAGGACCAAGAGGGACAUGGAGACUCAUGACAAGAACCGUGAUGGCCUUGUUUCUUUCGCCGAGUAUGAUCCCCCGAGUUGGGCUCGCAAUGCAGAUAAUGGCUCUGUUGGCUAUGAUAUGGGCUGGUGGAAAGAAGAGCAUUUUAAUGCAUCAGAUGCAGAUGAAGAUGGUUUUUUAAAUAUAACAGAGUUUAACGACUUUCUGCACCCAGCUGACAGCAAGAGCCCAAAGUUACUUCAUUGGUUGUGCAAGGAGGAAGUAAGAGAAAGAGAUACAGAUAAAGAUGGAAAGGUUAACUUCAAAGAAUUUUUCCAUGGGCUCUUCGAUUUGGUGAGAAACUAUGAUGAUGAAAGUCACAAUUUUUCACAUCAUUCCGAUGAUUCAAUGGAGGCCCCGGCUAAAGUGUUGUUUGCUCAGUUAGACAAAGAUGGUGACGGAUACUUGUCAGAUGAAGAAUUGCUACCUGUUAUUGACAAACUUCAUCCUUCGGAACGUUACUACGCGAAACAACAAGCAGAUUACAUAAUAUCACAGGCAGACACCGACAAGGAUGGGCGCUUGACAUUGACAGAGAUGAUUGACAACCCAUAUGUCUUUUACAGUGCCAUUUUCAAUGAUGAUGAAGAGGACUAUGAGUACCACGACGAAUUCCGUUAAUUUAAUUCUAGGGUUCUGAGACAACUUUUAUAGGACUUCAAAUUUUAUUUUUGCAACACAGAAUCAGAAUUGAAGAUUUCAACAAGCGUUUACCAUGGUGGGUUGCCAAGCGAUUCGGGUAUUACUUUACGAUUUACAUGCAACUGGUAAGAGUAGUUUCUCUACAUCAAAUUACAGAGAGAUGAAGUUUGCCCUGUCUGAGGGAGUGAAAUAGGAAUAGGAGAUUGAUGGACAUUUACUUUAUUGCAAACAACAUUUGAUAGUAGUUUCUAGCUCUUCUCGUUUCUCUUGUUUGUCUUAUCGUUUAUACAUGUACCAUAUAAACCACACAUUAUUAUCAGUUGUUCAAAGUGGGAUAUUAGAUAUAAGGCAUCCAAUUACAUUGGAUCAUUUUUCUUUA